AUGGUAAUACAAUCCUUCACCAGCUUCCCAGUUAUUGCUUACCUCGUUGAUAAUCAGCUCAAGAUCACAAACUCAGAACUUGGUCGACUAGGGCUUUCUUCAGCAUUAGUUGCUGACGUUUUGGGAAAUUUUUGCACGAUAUUGGUAUCCUUGGUUAAGAGCUCUAACUUGUAUUCCUCCAUUGAAAAUACAGUGCCAUUGCUUGUCUAUCUUUUAGUUCUAGUGUUUAUUCUCCGGCCUGCAAUGUUCUGGGUAAUCAGAAGGACUCCUGAGAGGAAACCCAUCAAUACUUCGUUCAUUAACACCAUUGCUGCACUAGCUUUUGCUUCUGAAGUUUAUUUCUAUUUUGUGGAUCAGAUCCAAUUCUUGGGUCCUUUUAUAUUUGGUUUAGCUGUACCUGCUGGAGCUCCUCUAGGAUCUGCAUUGGUGGAAAAGUUCACACCUUUUUGUAUAGAUGUGCUUUUGAAUCUUCAGGUUACUACAUCCAUGAUGAGAGCAGAUCUAUGGCUUAUAAUCUCUCAAAUCACCAAGUUAAAAAGAUUCGUUGCUGCCAUUUUAAUGAUUAAUGCAGUCAAAUUGCUUACAUGCUUGACACCUUUUGCCCUUACAGCUUUCUCCAUUUUAUGCAAUGCAACGAUUGUGCCAAUUCUUGUGAAAUGGCUCUAUGAUCCUUCAAGGAAAUACGCAGGCUAUCAAUCCAGGAACAUAAUGAGUUGAAAGCCAAACUCUGAGCUACGAGUUCUCUCUUGCAUUCAUAGACCUGACAAUGUAGAUUCUGUCGUAAAACUAAUUGAUGUCUGCAAUCCGACAAAGGAGAGCCCCAUCAGUGUUUCUGUUCUUCAUCUCAUCAAGUUAGUUGGAAGAUCAACCCCAGUUCUAAUCUCUCACCCAAAACAGAAGCCAAUUUUUAUCUCAUCAUCUCAACAAGUCAUAUAUAUAUAUGCUUUUAAUCUCUAUGAACAGACAAAAUGGAACACUGCCUCAGUGCAGACAUUUAAAGCAAUAUCUUCAUCCAAGUUAAUGCAUGAAGACAUAUGCACUCUUGCUCUUGAUAGACUCACUCCUCUUAUACUAGUCCCUCUCCAUCGAACAUGGUCUAUUCAUGGAACCAUUGAAUCUGAAGAUCAAUCCUUAAGGGCUCUAAACUGUAAGGUUCCUGCAAAAGUUCCUUGCUCUGUCGGAAUCUUUUUCGACCGUGGCAGGUACGGGCGGAGAAGCAUCACAACAUCAAUUGUAUCAGUUGUUUCUGUGUGUAUGAUCUUCUCUGGAGGCAGCGAUGAUCGUGAAGCAUUGAGUUUAGCUAAACGCAUGGCGAAAAGCUCAAACACAGGCCUCACUGUGAUCCAUUUCGUUGCUAAAAACAACAAAAAUGAAACAUCAUCGUCAGAGGAUAAAUUUAUGGACAAUGGCAUGUUGGAGAGCUUGAAAGAAAUGGAUGAAUCAAUAGUUUACAAGAAGUACGAGGUUCAUGUUGGACCUGAAACUGUGUUCAUCUUUCAUUCGUUUGCAAAUCUUUAUGAUCUUUUCGUGUUAGGAAGAAGAUUUGGGAUUGAAUCCACUCACAGAAUUGGUUUAUCUGAAUGGAUUGAACCUUCCAGCCUUCCAGAGCGGGGUGUCUUUGGAGACCUUUUUGCUUCAAAAGAUCUCAAGAUUAGAGAUUCUGUUUUAGUGGUUCAACAACAAAAACAAAUUAAAAGGCUUCAAUAA